CGGGGGCGGGGCUCCGAGGGGACCGAGCGGGGCUCCGGGCUAGGCGGUCCGGACGCCGAGGGCGGUCCCUGCGGGGCGGGCGGGGCCCGACCGGCGCUCUGUGUGGCCGCGGCCAUGAAGCCGCAGCCGCCCGGCUAGGCCCCGGGCGGCUCCAGCCCAGGGCGGCCCGCGGGGGCCUGGGCCCGGGCCGCGGCUCCGGUUCCCUGGCCGGUGGGCGGCCGCUCACCAUGCCUGGCAAGCACCAGCACUUCCAGGAACCCGAGGUCGGCUGCUGCGGGAAGUACUUCCUGUUUGGCUUCAACAUUGUCUUCUGGGUGCUGGGAGCCCUGUUCCUGGCCAUCGGCCUCUGGGCCUGGGGUGAGAAGGGCGUUCUCUCCAACAUCUCGGCGCUGACAGAUCUGGGAGGCCUUGACCCUGUGUGGCUGUUUGUGGUAGUUGGAGGCGUCAUGUCGGUGCUGGGCUUUGCUGGCUGCAUCGGGGCCCUCCGGGAGAACACCUUCCUGCUCAAGUUUUUUUCUGUGUUCCUCGGCCUCAUCUUCUUCCUGGAGCUGGCAACAGGGAUCCUGGCCUUUGUCUUCAAGGACUGGAUUCGAGACCAGCUCAACCUCUUCAUCAACAACAACGUCAAGGCCUACCGGGACGACAUCGACCUCCAGAACCUCAUCGACUUUGCUCAGGAAUACUGGUCUUGCUGCGGAGCCCGAGGGCCCAACGACUGGAACCUCAAUAUCUACUUCAACUGCACUGACUUGAACCCCAGCCGGGAGCGCUGUGGGGUCCCCUUCUCCUGUUGCGUCAGGGACCCUGCGGAAGAUGUCCUCAACACCCAGUGUGGCUAUGAUGUCCGGCUCAAACUGGAGCUGGAGCAGCAGGGCUUCAUCCACACCAAAGGCUGCGUGGGCCAGUUUGAGAAGUGGCUGCAGGACAACCUGAUCGUCGUGGCCGGAGUCUUUGUGGGCAUUGCCCUCCUCCAGAUCUUUGGCAUCUGCCUGGCCCAGAACCUUGUGAGUGACAUCAAGGCAGUGAAGGCCAACUGGUGAGGCUGCCCCAGCCACGACCACAUGCCUGGCCUCCACAGGCCUCUGGGGACCCCCCUGCCCCGUCCCUCCUACUGUGCUCCUGAUGGACGGGCAAGGCUGCGGGAGGCAUUCCUGCUUGAACCCGAGCCCCAAGGGGGGCCCGUCGGGCUCCUGUGCUGCCUGCUGACCGAGAAGCCUCUGUGGUUCUGCCCGGGCUGCUUGUCCGGGAGCUGUGUGCAUGGAGGGCAUGGUGUGUGUGUGUGUGUGUGUGUGUGUGUGUGUGUGUGUGUACACUCAUGCACAUACACAGGGGAGCCACCAUCUCGGUGGUGUUGGGGUGGUGGGCUCUCGAGGGGACUAGGAAGGGCGCCGCUCGGAGGUGCAGGCCAGGUGGGGCAGGAGGUGCUGCUAUGGGGGCCUGCCAGUGUCCUCCUGCAUCCCCCGCCCAGCCCUGGGACACAUUUCCCUGUGCGAGGCACUAUGGGGCAGCUCGUGCGGACUGCUGUUGCCCAGGCCGCUGUCUCACACAGCCCCAGAGCUCUCUUUACUGGCUGUGGCCUUGAGCCUGCCAGGAGCUGGCCUCAGUGUCCCAGACUCUGAAAUGGGCCCCAGCGUUUUCUCUCUCUUGCUUGCCUCUCAGGAGCAAACAUGAUAAUGGCUAGAAACUGCUCAAAUAAACAAAACUUUGA